AUGGACCCUCCAAGCCAGACUAAUAGUGACUCGACUGCAAUUAAUUCACACCACGAGCACCUCGAAAUGAACGACCAGAAACAAGGGUUAUCUGAGAGAUCAUCGCAUUAUGCUCAUGGUCAACACAUCAAGUGUACAUACCUUGAUCAGCUUCAUAUUCAGGAUGAAGACGGUGCUCAUCAGUAUUCUCCAGCACUAGAGUCAAGAGGCGUAGGACCGCUCUUUCCACAACGGGAACCAGGGUGUAUAAAUAACCCUUUCUAUAAAUUAUCUAUGGGGAAGAAAGGAUCCAUGAUAAGCAUGCGGCAGGUACUAAAGCGAGCGAUCGGAGCUAAAAACCUCGGCACCCAGUCCAAGCGCUUUGUAGUGUCGCCAAUCUGGCGGUCUCGUGAAGCUGCCAAUCAAAACGACGAUAUGGUGUCCAGAGUUGAAAGUAAUCCAUCUUCACGAGACUGCUCUACACUCUGCUCGGAAAAUUCGCUUAUACCAUAUUCCUUUCCACUUGCCCGAUCAGUGUCUUCAUCUUCGCGUUCACUCAGUGCAGCGAUAGCGCAUGGCCUCGAGACCGUGCCUUCAACUGCCUGUGACGUGGUGACGGGUAAAGCUGAGGGUGAUUCAAGCAUUUUUUUCUGUAAUGGAAGUGAGAAUAAUAAUUUACGUGAUUGCAAUAUUCAUACAUCCCAUUUAGCUCAUUUCCAGACAUAUCCGCAUGUGUUCGAAGAGAGGCCCUCCUCUCAUUGCCUUAAGCCGCCAACACCUCAAUGUGAUGGAGAUGUUUCAGCUGCUUCGUCGCCCUCGGGGUGCAGCGACAGAAGCCAUGCAGGGGCAACUAGUGGGAUUUCGAACAUCUCACGGGCUCAUACUCUUUCCUUGCAAGAUAUUCAAUUCACACAGAGUGCCCACACCACUCCCAACGACACUAAGGGCAGUGACACGCCGUGUAGUACUCCUGUGCAUGUGAGGUUAGCGGUCAAACCCACGAGCGCUAACAUGAACCGGCUAAAUGGGGAGCCCCUCGGAUUGAUUGAGAAGGUACCAGAUACAAACCAUUUCUCUCACAAGAUAUCCACUCCUGCAGAGAAUUUUAUAGACUUCAAAAUCGACGCCCUGACAGGUAUCAAGGUCCAUUGUGAUAACUAUGUGACAUCUUCUCUUCAGAUUAUCAAGACAUCGAAAACAGAAAAUCCAAGCGUAAGUAAUGUCGGUAAUGCUUUCUGUAGUAUGCUUAGUGGUAGCAAAGUAAUGACGGGGCAUCCAUUGCACAAAGGUGAUCCUAAAGAGGAAAUACCCCUCAGAUUUCGAAGCGAUAAUAGAUUGUAUCCAGAUGAGUUGUUGUUUUCCACUCCGCGUGGUUGGCCGAAGCGCGUAACUCACAUUAAUGCAGAGGGUUUUCCUGUUCACAUGAGGGUAGCCAAAGCAAAUAUAUUUGUCUCUCCAGAAGGGAGGAAAGGUUCUUGCAUUUGCAGCUUUGAUACCGUGAGAAAUGGUAUCGUCGAAUCGGGUACUAAGCAAGAAUUGAUACAACAUUCUCAGAUACCAAUCGGGACACAAGAUGUUCAGCCAGCAACCAACAUUAAGGUUUGCCAUUGCGCUGGGGGCAACGUCAAUAUUCUGCAGCACAAAUUCGAUCAUACUGGCGGUCAGGGUAUGCACUAUGAUCAUUCCGUAGCCUCUCUCCUGUAUUCAUCAAUAACCUCUUUUCAUUGUGUCCACGCCCUUGAACUCCUCAAGUACACCAGAGAGGUUAUCCUGCUAGAGAGCAAACUAAUAAAUAACAUCACAGAAGAGUUUGUGCGGUCUUUUGACGGCCUUACAAAGGUCGUGGCAUACGCUCCAUUGCCACUGUCUGGGCCCGCAGAGGUGGAGUAUCCAAGUUGUUCAAACACAUCAUUGUCCCUAAGACUUCAAGGAUCCAAGCCAAAUGCCGAUAAUUGUAGUCUUUUAUUCCAUGUCAAGCCUUCGGGUUUUGUAGAAGCGGGUCAACAGCUCAGGAUAAGCAUGAGAUUGAAAGUUAAUGAGACAAAACCUCCCAUUAUCGUCUUUCAAAAGAGGCAACGGCGUAUGAUCUCGCUGUCCACAGCAAGGCGUCGAUGCUUAACUCGCCUUAGAAAUUACUAUUUCAUGAGUAAUCGCCGUUCAACUUUGUUGCAUGUAGCCGGCAAAAAGGCGCAUAUCAAGGGAGGGAGAGGUAGUCGAAACGCAUGGGUAGCAGAUAGCACAAACUAUGAAGAUUACUUCGCUCAGAAGUAUGGAAUGCGUAGAAUAGCAGACGCGUAUAAAGCGCAGAAACGAGCUACUACUAACCGUUUCUACAACUUAGCCUGCAUUAUGGCGUCUUGGAUGAAUAAUCAAGAGUUGCGUCAUACGGACACUGGGGAUGCUGUUACCCGUGGCGCCAUUGAUAUAAUAGAGGUACUCUCUGAUUUAAUGGAUAAGAAUAUGAAAUUCAUAUUCAUGCUCGGUUAUGCUACCACGCUCUUAAAAGAAGAGCAGCUUUACCGCUUUCAUAUUGAAGAGAUGCAAGUAAUGGAGCUUCGACAAUUGAUUUGUGCGCACUUAUGCGCACUGGACGCUCUGCAGACGAACUAUAUCUGCCCUCUGGAAGCCACAGGAAGCCGUACACCGAAGGAAGAAACCUACGAACAUAAAAAGAAGCCUCUAAGAGGUUUUAAGUACACAACUUUUACUCAAGAUCGCGGUCAGUUAGAUCUUAACCUACCCGAAAUAGACUUGUUGGAAGAGUCUGAGAGGAUUGCUCGGCACACGGUGUUCUACCCUGGUGAGUCGCGCGAGCGGAAGGGCCUUCAGUUGUUAUUUCGUCUGGGGUUAGCAGGUCUCAUCCAUCAGGAAGACGCAUUGAAAAACCGCCUUAAUGUACCCACCCGCGAGGCUCUGACUGUUCUCACGUACCUGCAGCGCCGGAAGCGAGAAGAAAUUCACAUCCAGGAGAUAUGUAAACGGGCCCGACUGUAUGAGUUGGCUGCAGGUUGGUUCUAUACACAGAGUUCAUCAACAUUCCUAGAGGUCAGUCGCGAAAAUGAAACGUUGCGAGACUAUUACCCGUCGAAGUGUUGUGCCAAAGGUACAGACGAGCAAGCUAAAGGCCUUGCCGAGAUAUAUGAUUCGCCAGAAAGCUCCAAGAAACUCGUGCCGGAAGGCACCCUUUACAAAGCAAACUACGUAGGUGACGACGAUACGCAAAGGCUAAAAUCUAUUGGCCGCGACCAAACACACUACUUGGAGCCCUACGUGAAAGAUAGUGACACGACCGGUGAGAGCAAGAAUCUGAUGCGUAAUUUAUGUAGCCCCAAAAGAAUUUUGAUGUCAUCGGGGGUCACCCCCCAUACUGGUAAGACAAACGCCAAUACGAUCACAGAAACUAGUAAUGGUAACGUAGAGGAUUUAAUGGACGAUCCUGAAGUGAAACUUGCCCUAGACCCCAUUUAUUCCGGUAGCAGUGGACAGUGCUGUCACUCGUCUGCGGCAUCUUCCUCUAACUUCCAAGAUGGAGGAAAAGCGGCAUUCCUGCUGCAUGCCCUGCGUCAGACUGAUGAUACUUUACAUUUUCUACGUGGUGACCCUUCCCAAAGCGAGCCUACGCAAAAUUGGGAUCACCAAUAUUGUAUGGAAAAUGAACAAGAAAGUGAGGGAAAUGUUCACUUCGAGAGCGAUGAGGAGUAUUGGAGUACAGAAGUGAUUUGUGGAUCUUCUGCUUCAUCACUGCGGGCUCAUGUGUUUUCCUUCAAUUCUGAGGAAAAGGAUGUAAUGGAUAUGGAUGAUGGGAAUAUCUUGAUACCCCCUGAUAACCUAGGAGGGGUGGUUGAAAAUAAAGAUGAGCAAACCUUUAAUUUUUAUGCUAAUCGCUCGAAAGAUGGUUUAUCCCACACUGACCCACCUAUUGACGUAUCUCAAUACACAGCAGAUGCAGACGCCACUCCUGAAUACGUGCACAAGGAAGUUGUUAACUCACAAGAAGCGCAACCUGUUACGUCGAUGCCGCCGCUAUGGGAUUGUGUCGAAGUGAUCACAAAUACCUCCCUGCAUAAAACCCCUACAAGACGAAGAGCUCUUUGCAGUAAGCGGAGCUGCACCCCGCCCUUGAAUUCCGAGGCGAAGGGCGUCUCUGCCAGUCCUGGUCCUUCCGAUCGAUUUUCUUCCGCUACUAGGUUGCCCACCUUCGGUUCCCACGGAUACAGUAAGAGUCCAACGAAGAGGUAUAUGAAACCCACCACUUCUUCAAUUUUUCGGACGCGAGAUACCACGCCUAUUCAAGCAUCAUCGUGUUCUCCUCCUCCUUUAGCCUCCUCUUUGACAUCAGGUUCUGGUGGAGUGUCGCGCUCGAGGAGCUGUAAGCGGUGUUAUGGCACCAGGGUUAAGGUAGCAGUUCAAGAAAGCGACAUUAGCGAUUACCCCAUCGCCUCUCCCGUGCUCAUCACACGUUUACCGUUGGAAAGUGGCCCAGGUAUAUGGUCUCAGGUCUCUUCCAGCAUACAACCCCGUAAUCCAUAUGGCUACAGUCCACGUGCUCAACAAGCGCUUGCAGCAUCUCUAAUGGUCAGCACGCCCCCGCGGUGUGUGCUUGCCACGACACUCCCAGAGACCCGCAAAGCAAGCACACCCUGUAGAGUCAAUAAUAGGGGUAGGGUAGUUCAGAUUCCGCCAAGAGAAGGGCCCCGCAACCCCAUUUCUGAGGUAGCGAGUUGUGCAGAGGACAAGACACAUGAGCAUGAGCAGAGGAGACAUCAAGAAAGAGAUUCUUUUGAGCUAUCAUGCCCCAUGGAAAGGUCCGUACUGUACCUCCCUGAGAGCAUGCGCCGCGCCUUUCACGUGCCACAAUACAUAAAAAUCUCACAGCAUCUUGGCAGGGUAUCAACUCCACACACUAGGGCUAUGCCUUGCCCGUCAGCUGCAUUAUUGCGACGUUCUACGAGUGUGGGUUCCUACGCCAAUGCAAUGCAUGAUCUGGGCGAAAGAGCUAUUCAGCAACGGUGUGCUGCUAUAGCAACAUCUGAAGGUGUUAGUGGUAGGCCAAUACGAGAUCUGCCACAACCAUUCUGCGUUCGAUCUGACUGCACCACAUUAAUGGGUUGA